UCCAGUGGUCGAUCGCAUCCCACAGGCUACAGUUUCCUCAGCUCCACAGGUUCCCUGUUCUUCACUUGUACGCACGUCCAUGACGAAGCACCAGCGAGCUGCAGCACACCAGGCCGUGUCACUCUCCCUCUCGCUCUCCCUCGGCGCCGUCGCCGGCCUCAACAAGAAGAUGCGCCGCGCUGCGGCCGCAGCCGGUGGGGAUCAGUUCGUGUGCAAGACGUGCGGCCGCUCGUUCCCGUCGUUCCAGGCGCUCGGCGGCCACCGGACCAGCCACCUCCGCGGCCGCCACGGGCUCGCGCUCGCCCUCACCACCGGCGAUCACUACUACUCCGUCAAGCCCAAGAGUACAGCCGAUCACAAGUCUGAGCACCGGUGCCACAUCUGCGGCCAAGGGUUCGAGACGGGGCAGGCGCUCGGCGGCCACAUGCGCCGGCACCGUGACGAGGCGGCGCAGGCGCCGCCCGUUCUGCUCGAGCUCUUUGUCUAGACUCAUCUCAGUAGUUCUAGUGCAGAGUUCCUGACAUGCAUAUGCGUGCACACUCGUAGCCGUAGGUGUUGAUUAUUGGUUCCUUCAUUCCUUUAUAUGUGUAUAUAUGCAUAUAAGUAUGAUGACUUCU